AACUCUAGACGUACGCUCGCAUUAACGUAACACGUAACAUGAUUCAACAUCAAAGAGCUACAGAAAUAUUUAUUUUACCUUGUUUGUACCACAGUAUCAAGUAUCUAUGUAUCGAUUCUCUAGGUCAUAAGGUACUCUUACUCAAACUUCCUAAAAGUAUCUCAUCGCUUACGUUACAGUAGACUAUAAUCAUGGACAUUUUAUCACAGACCCUUCAUAAAUUUUAAUAAGCAAAAUAUCAAUCGUUAAAUUACGCGCAUUCUUAUUAUUCGUUUGAUUUACCAUCAGCAAUAUUUAGCAAUAAAUAACACUCGGGUGUGAUCAUGCUGGGAUUGAUCUUUCGCGGUGUGUUUCUCAUUGGUAUACUCACCUGGUACAGCACCAGCGUGUGGAAAAUGAUCGACAGUUACUUCAGAGAUCAGUUCCGCAGCUACUUGGAGGAAGAGUAUCGAAAGAAUCCGCGAAUGAGGUCCGACAUACAAGCUGACUCGGUCGAUAAGACCAAUUCCGCGGUUACCACGCCACACCCCGAUCCGACGGUGGAGCCAUCGCGGGAGAUUCUCGAAGCUGUCGAAACGAUUGCGCGUGCGGUCGAAGCUGCAGAAAAUGAUUCCGUGGAAACGAAUGGGGAGCCACAGGUGACAGGUGGCACCAGUGAAAACGAGGCCGCCGCAGGGGGAUCUACCGAUAAAAAUGCAUUCCUGGGAACUGUCGCGGAAUCGGAGCUGAAAAGAAGGAAGUCGACCGAGAAUGAACAGGAUUCUCGACAACCUAUUAAUCACGACGACCGUGACCUCGAACGUCACGAGAACGACGAUCGUCAUCGAUCAGUCUCCCAAGUGUCUAAGAGCACGGUUAAGAGAAUCAGAUACGACAGGAAGCCGGCCAUGUCUAGGGACAUUUUACGCGAGAAGCAAUUACCCAAAAGACGAAACGUGAAGACCAUCACGUUCAGCGAGAAGGAUUUUAAGUCGGUCAUCAGCAAUCAUGUUUCCAAUGAUGAUUUUUGGGAGUUCGAGGAGGAUGCAGAUGAAAAAGAACCACUAGAAGGUAUUUUGGUUUCCGAGCUACCGUUCAAACCUAGAGCGGAUAUAGGGGAUUUGGACAGGGUCACUGCUGAUGAAUACUGUCCCUUGAGCUUGGAAGACGAAGCGUCUUGCGAUGAAACGUUCAAAUGGCCUUGAAGUCCUAUAAUGUUGAAGCGUAGAUAAAUUUGAGAGGCAUGUAGUAGAGUUAUAAAUUCUGUUCAUGCGAAUCAAUAGCGGAAAAAACUUGGUUGUUAAAGUUCUGGCUUUCGAGUAUCAACUGUGAUCUUUCGGAAAAAAUAUACCAAGUUUCGCUAAUAUUGCAAUUAGGUUCAAUGACACGCUCGUACCGAAUACCAGCGUAAAAAAAAAAAAAAAGGAAAAAAAUACACAGAAAAGAUUUCAAGGAGAUUUUAAUUCUGAUAAUUAUAUCAUAUAGUAUGGUUUAUAACGAAGUUAGCUGUAAUGCUCGUAAAGUUAGAGAUAUUUCUUUCAAAAGAACACAGCUUGCGCUUGAAAAUUUCAAUUUUGCUAAUUGAACGACAUCAAGCUAUGUAUACUUCAAAUCUUCGAUAUCAAAUAAGCGUCAGUUUUGAGUUGAUGUAUUCAAAGAUAUACUAAUGUUUACAACAUAUCUACAUGUUAUAUAUGUUUAUUAACCCUUUUAGUGCUUAUUAAAAUAAUAA